AUGAGCCCUACGACACACAAUCGCCGAGGGAGGAAUCCCUCGAGUCUCCUCACGACGCUUGUCCUUCUGAACCUUGUACCGACAGCCUUAUCAUAUACAACAAAUCCAUACUUUGCGAAGAAUGCAAAUCCAAAACCAAGGCCUGUGAGACCAGGUCCGCCUGUGAAGCGAGAUGGGACGGUUCCUCUCAAGAUAAGCAAUUACUGUGAACAGACUAUUUGGCCGGGAAUUGGUACUCAGGCAGGAACUGGUGCUGGGACUGGUGGAUUUGAACUUGCCUCUGGAGAUGUCAAGGAAUUGACUGUCAGUGCAGACUGGCAAGGCAGAAUAUGGGGAAGGACAAAUUGCACAUUCAACGAGUUGGGAACUGGAGCAAGCAAUUUGAAUGGGAAUAAUGGUGCUGGAGCUGCCUGCACUACUGGAGAUUGUGGUGGAGUCCUGAGCUGCGUCUUGACUGGCGAGACACCUGUCACUCUUGCUGAGUUUGAUCUCGCAGGUGGCGUUAAUGGUGAUCAGGUCUUCUACGACAUCUCUUUAGUAGAUGGCUACAACAUCCCUCUCGGAGUUGUCUACAUACCAGGAGAUAAUCCAAAACUCCAAGAUAUCCCACCAAAUCUCACGAAUUGCGCUUGUAUAGCAACAGCAGGAUGGCUCGCUGAGCCAGCUGAUUCUGGACUCUCAGGAAAUGCGACGAAUUCCACGUUCCCUCUUCCGUAUGAAGGCAAACAAACCAACACACAGAUCGCAGACUGGUGUCCAUGGGACCUUCAAAAGCAACAACCCACCAAGCCAGGUGAUGGUAUCUAUCCCUACCCAGAUGACAACAUCCAACGACCCAUCUUCGACCCCUGCCUCUCGGCCUGUUCUAAAACCAACUCUCCAGAAGACUGCUGCACAGGCAAAUACAACGACCCAAAAGUCUGUAAGCCCAACCUAUACGCCACUUCUGCCAAAGCCGUCUGUCCAGACGCCUACUCAUACGCCUUCGACGAUCAAACAUCCACAUUCAUCAUUCCCUCCGGCGGCGGUUGGGAAGUCAGCUUCUGUCCACCUGGCAGGAGCACGAAUAUCCUCGCUACAUUCCAUGAUCAGCUGCAGGCGCUGAGCCAGCAGGGGAAGAUGAGCAAGGCGAUUCUGGCAGAUUGUAUGAAUAUUACAAUCAUUGAACAGGCGGCUACUGGUGCUGCUGAUGAGAAUCGCGUGGAUAGGAGUUUGAGUUUGGGGGCCUUGGUUAUGGUUGUUGCUUGGGCGGUUUUGUGGUAG